AUAACAAUCCUGACUUGAAACUCGUCUGCUAACCACUCUGCGCCGUAACACGAGAACAGAGAACCCACGUCUGGCUCACAUAUUCGUCUGCUCCUGAAACCCUCCUUUCAUCCAGCACCUCCUGAUCCUUGGAUGGGCAACCGCCUAUCGAGUCUCAGUCUCCUCAGAGUCACCUCGCUCCCUUCGUCGAAGUCCUACUAGCUACUAGCUGAGAAGGCGGACGCUGUAUCCCAGCUCUCGGACGGACUAGGCUAUCUAUAAGAGUCUCCACAGCCUUUGUGCCACCUGCUCUCGGCCCAUUCCUCAUCAGACUACUGUGUUACCCGUGAGGCAGCCCACCAUGUCCACGCCAGAAUUGGAACAGAUCCUCAGACUCUUACAGAAUCUCAGCAAGUCUCAUGAGGAGCUUGCCAGCAAAGUGGACGCCCUCACAGCGCGCUCAACAACCAGUAACGGCCUGGCCGCACCAUUCUCUACUCUAACUGCCUCCCGCCCCUCGACAUCAGUUACACCCAAUCGGUCGCUUGCCGGAGGCGGCAUUGACACGUCUGCGCCUCCUUCACCUAUCUUGACGGGUACAGACAAUAUUCCUUGCGGACCAGCGGCGAGCGUACCCGGUCCCAACUCUACUCCUGGGUCGCCAACGAAUCCUGCUGAUUCGUUGAGCCACGGACUCCCCUCGCCGCGUACUGGAGGAGGGGUCGAUGCGUUUCGCAAAAGGGCGUCAUUCUCUACAUCUCCUUCCACUGGGUUCGCUACACCCCGGAGCGGAGCAGCUAAUGCUGCGUAUGGGAUCAAGGGCAUGCCGCCGCCGGGGGCAACAACCCCUCCACGCAAAGAUUCAGAGGGCAAGAAGGAAGGACUGUAUCCGUCACGUGUAGUUCUCACAACCUAUCCGAAUCAAGCUGGAGUCAAUCCAAUCCCGAUCAAUUGGGGAGGUGGACCAAACGGUCAGGAUCGUGGUCCGGUCAUUUGUUCAAGGAUAAAGUCAAACUUGCCCCUCCGAAAUGCCAUUGGUGCGCAUGCAGGCUCAUACUCCAUCUUUCGAGCCCUGAGUAUCGCCAUGGGAGAAUUGCGACCGGACUGGCGACCGGACCUCCGAAACACUCAGCCGCCCUUCCAGCUCCCGCCCAUGCCUGGCUGGUUUGGCGAUGGAACAGGCAAAGGCGAGGAGGGAAAUCAGAAGAAUUGGAAGAUUGUCUCGUUUGAUCCUUUCGGUGCCAUGUCCCAGGAGAUCUGGGAAAAGGAAUACGCGCAAGGACUCGACGUCAGACCCACGAUCGCUCAGACCAAGGCGCACAUCAAAAUCGAAGAGCUGGACGACCUUGCUAGGAAGGGCGACUUUCCCGUCGACGGUGAAGUCGUCAUCAAGUCGUCAGAACUGGCAGCUUUCCCCGGCGUUGAUCAAGGUGUCGAAAUCAAUACUUACAAGGCAGCUAUUGAUCCAGUCUGGUUUUUACCCGGAAUCGCCGAGCGAAUGGGUAUCGAAGAAUCUACAUUGCGGAGGACUCUCUUUGAAGACACUGGAGGCAUGUACCCGGAACUGUUGACCCGCCCCGAUAUCAAGAUCUUCUUGCCACCUGUCGGCGGGAUGACCGUUUACAUCAUGGGCGACCCAGCCAAACUACAAGAUCCGAAUACAGAGAUCACCUGUCGACCGCACGACAGUUGCGCCGGUUCCGACGUAUUUGGAAGUGACAUCUGCACGUGUCGGCCUUACCUCAUCUUUGGUCUAGCUGAAGCCAUCAAGUGCGCUCAGCGUGGCGGAGUAGGUGUCGUGGUCUACUUCCAGAAAGAAGGUCGAGCUCUGGGCGAAGUUAUCAAGUACAUGGUCUACAACCGACGCAAACGUGGUGGAGAUACUGCUGCAGAGUACUUUAACAACACUGAACGUGUUGCCGGUGUCAAGGAUGCUCGACAUCAGGAACUGAUGCCCGACGUCUUGCAUUGGUUGGGAAUCAAGCAUAUCACGAACCUCAUCUCCAUGUCCAACAUGAAAUAUGACGCCAUCAUCAAUUCCGGUAUCACGGUCAAGAACAGGUACGAGAUCCCAGAGCAUCUCAUUCCCAAGGAUGGAAGUGUGGAAAUUGAUGCCAAGAUACAAGCCGGAUACUUUUCGACCAAGAAGAUGACAGGUGAGGCUCUCAUGGCGACCAAAGGGCGUGACUGGGAGGACCUGGUUCAUUAGACUUUCUCAUUUUGCCGAGUUCAUUCGCCACGAAUCCACUAUGCAUUAUGUGUCCUAG